AUGAUCGAUGACGAUGAGGACGACUACGAAGGAUACUUCUUGCGCCCGGCCAACGAGUACAACAUCAAGGAGAAGAUUAUCCAGGCCAACCAGGAAUCAUUCGCGAUACCGACGCCACCAUCCCCGCGCCAUCCUGCCAACGGCGAGCGGCGUGUCACGUUCCGGGAGCAGCUGGUGGACUACGAACCGGAUGAGUACAGCAGCGAGGACGAUGGCGGGUAUGGCGGUGGCGGUGGAGGAACCGGUGACCAGCGUGAUGGGCGCACCGGAAGUCGCCGAAGAAACCUGGCCGUGAUCGAAACGGUCGCGGACGUACACCGGGACGCGGACGGCUCGCUGAGGGAUGCCGAAGCGCCGGACACGAUCAUCGAAGAACUCCACCUGGAGGACGAACAGGAACACCCGGUGGAUGGUGACGACGAAGGCGAGGAAGAGGUGGUCGAAGAGGAGCAACUAGACUACGACGAGGACGACGAGAAUGGGGUCGGCGCGGGCGAUCGGAUCGAGAAACAUAAGACUGGUGUCGAGGCGGAGUCGCUGGUAGUGUCGGAAAGUGAGGAGGAAAGUGCGGGUGUAGUGGAGGAAGUAGAGGAGGAGCAGGAGGUGGAGGAAGAGGAACCGACGGAUGGGUCCAGCAUGGACACGGAGAUCCACAAUCCGGAGAGUAGCGAAGAGAUCAGCAGCAGCCCGCUGAAGACGUACCGCAGUGAGGCCGAUUCCCGGUCUGGAUCGGGUGACUCUCAGGCCGAGGAUGGCCAGACCGGCGGGGGCACCACCGAGGUAGACGGGACACAAGAUCAGUACGAAGAUGAUGCGGAACGGAAUGACGGGGAAGCGGAACAGGAAGGAACGACAUCCAAGGCUGACGGAGAAGGCUCCGACGAUGAUGGGGGGCGACCAUUGGAAUCGCACCGGACACGCCGCUCGGCGAACUGUCGGCGCAAGUGCUGCCGGCACAAGAAGUCGUCCGGCGAGAAGCUGCCGUACUACAACGGUUUCCGGUCGGAGUACGGACUGUCGCGCGAGGAGCUGGAGGAGAAGAAACGGCGCCUGGAGGCGCGCCGACAGCGUGUCCGGGAACGGCAGCAGCGCCGCACGGCGGAACAACGCCAGAAGGCAGAAUCGAACGAGGAAGCGUUCUCCACCUGGCUGCAUGGGAAGCUACGGAACUCGAUCAACAAGCACCAGAACAUGUACGACGUAAGGCAGCAGAGCGUAGGGGCUGCUGGCAGCAAACAUCAGCAGCAGCAGCAGCAACAGCAGCAGCAGCUAUUGCAUCCACACCGUCGACGAAGGAACGCGGUCCAUCAGGUACACCACACCAUGCACCAGAUUUCCUACGGCUGA